AUGGGAUAUGGUGAUAAGUGGAGAAGCUGGAUAUAUGGGUGUCUGUCCUCUUCCAAAGCCUCCGUAUUGGUCAACGGUUCCCCAACAAAAGAGUUUACAAUGAAGAAGGGAGUUAGGAAAGGGGACCCAUUAUCUCCCUUUCUCUUCAUUAUUGCCAUGGAAGGAUUAAACGUGGCCAUGAAGUCAACAUAUGACGCUUUAUUCAUGGGAGAUUGGACAAAGAAUAACAUAAAAAAUUUGGCCAGGAUUCUUAGAUGCUUCCAUAUAGCAUCUGGUCUCAAGGUGAACUUUAAUAAGUCAAAAGUAUUUGGAGUCGGAGUCUCGAUACAGGAAACAGCUAGAUGGGCCCUUCCUCUUGGAUGUGAACCUUCUUCACUCCCAUUCAAUUAUCUUGGUGUACCUGUGGGAGCCAAAAUGAACCUCAAGAAGAACUGA